UUUGCCGCCGGGCCCGGGGCGGAGCCGCGCAUGCGCGGUGCUCGCCCUCCUCCUUCCUCCUCCUUCCUCCUCCUCGCGGGCAGGCGGCGGCGGCUGCAGCGGGGCCGCGCGGAGCCUUCUCCUGCCGCUCGCCAGGGCCGCCCUGAGGCCGCGCUCCCAGGCCGGAUAUGGCUCGUGGACAGCAGAAGAUUCAGUCGCAGCAGAAAAAUGCCAAAAAGCAAGCUGAGCAAAAAAAGAAACAAGGACAUGAUCAGAAGGCUGCAGCCAAGGCUGCCUUGAUAUAUACCUGCACUGUCUGUAGGACACAAAUGCCGGAUCCCAAGACCUUCAAACAGCACUUUGAAAGCAAGCAUCCUAAGACUCCACUUCCUCCAGAACUGGCUGAUGUUCAGGCAUAAAGUUGUCUACAGGUGAAGUCAUGGCACCUAUUGACUCUUCUACUGUCAGACCUUACAUAACAAACCUGCAGCUGCUUUUCUAAAACUGUUGAUCAGCAAAAAUGAAGGGGCUACAGAAACGUUCAUAUUUUUAUGCUGUUCCCUCUUGGGCUUCAUGCAAAGACAAUUCUGUGUAAAUGUACAGUUGUGCCCUCUUUGGAAAUCCUGAAAAAUCAGUCCAUACUUGUUAUAAAAAAAAAUUUUUUUACAAUUGUAAUUAUAUUGAUGUUCAUAUUGUGUAAAAUAACUCAUUUAAUAAAGUAGUACUUUGAUUUUACAAUAUCACAGAUUAAAUGCCUGUAGAAGUUCUGUUUCAACUUUCUGCAUUAUCUGCCUUAUAAAAUAAUAAAAGACAAAGUGGAAUUUUCCCCAUCCUGCCAAAACACGAGCAGUAUCAUUCCACUGAAAGUAAUGUACAUUACAGUAAAUUAAUCUUAAGUGGAGAGGGAAGCUGCUCAGAUUCACUGUUCGAUGUGCUGCCUGCCUGAGCUCAGCCGCUAGUGGUCAAGUUACAGGCUCGAGAGGCACGGCGAGCUCCCUAGAAGCUGCACGAGAAUCGUGAGACUUCCUUCUCCACUUCUGUCCUGUGUAUUGGAGUCUGUACUACAAGCCAUUUCAAAGGGAUUCUUGGACUGUGAGGGAGCUAGGUCCUUGGAAUCUUGCACUGGAGAGACUCUUGGUAGGCUUGUGAUCCUUAACAGUUGGUAGGUGCCUGAGGAAGCUGAGAGGUGAUAGGAUUUAAUGCUUCUGGGGAUGCUGGCUUGAAAAAUGCUCACAGAUACUAGUUAAAAGCAACUCUGCUCUGAGUUGAAAAAUAGAUUUGAGAAGAGUUUUGAAGAUACUUGAGCGGUCAACUGCAUGUGUUUCCCCCUCAAAUGCAUCUGGUUAUUUCAGUAGCAGCUCUUCAGGAAAUACAUAAAAUAGCCAGCUGAUAAUAACCCUUCUUUACAACUAGCUUAAAAUAAGCCUGUUGGAAGAGAGCCAAAGUAACUCAAAUGCUAUGGCUAGCUUAAGAAAUUGCAUGCGAUUAAAGUUGCAGUGACAAGAAAAAGCUGGAUAAUAACUCUGGGCAAAAACACUUGAGAAGCUAACCAUGAUUAGCCUUUGAAUGUUCUGGGCUCAGUUCUAAUCCCAGAUGCAGAAGUAGUGAGAAAACAUCUGAAUUGUUCUAGAGGGCCUGCUGUACAAAAUCCUGUCUUUGGAGGGGGCUUAUUAAGAGCUUUCCUUGAGAGCUCCCGGUUAGAAGCAAUGCUACAACUGCUGUGAAUUACUGUAGUUAAAAAGGGAUGUAAAAAUAAAAAUGGUGGCGGUUCAAGUAAGCCUUGCUGCGCAGCAGGACCGUACUAUUGACCCUCAAAUGGCUUCCUGAAGUCUAGGACCAUAGUCUCAAAGACUCAUUCACUUAAAAGAAUGCACUUGGUAUUUUAUUAUAUAAAGUCAAAGCCUUUGUCCUCGUCCACUCAUUUGCUCUUCAAUGAACACUUCUGUGAGACUAGCUUCCUGUCCUCUUUGCUGUGACAGUAUCUGUGUAAAUACUCCCUUUGACAUGAAGUUUCUCUGUAUUAUAGUCACUCCGGGAUAACCUGUAUACCACUUAACUUUUAUAGAUGAUGUUGUUCUCCUCUGCGAGUAAUCCACUACUGCACUUGUACACCUGACAUCAGAAUGUAACCAUUUAUUUUUUCUUUGAUGUUAUCAAUAACUACAUCCUGACCAACUGGCUCCCACAAGGCAAGAAAUCUGCUCUCAACCUUUGUGCUGCACGGGGGAGACGUACUUAACUGUUCUGAUGCUGUAGUUUGUCUGAAAUAUGCUGAGUGCAAAUGGAUAAAGAUGCUUCUUGCACUGACUGGUAUUUGGUAAUCUGGUUUUACUUUGGAAAAUGUUCUGGGAUGUAUCCGUAUGGCUUGGUCUUGAGGUGAAGUAUCUGUUCCUUCAAUUCAGAUUGUGUAGCAUUAAAUAAAAAGAUUUUGUUUCUUAAA